AUGGACAAUUAUAAUAGAAAUGUGCUCCUUGUAAACGAAGAGGACAAAAUAGUCGGUAUAGGAAAGGCACUUAAAACUCACUUCGGAAGACAUCUAAUGCUUCACCGUGCAUUUAGUGUGUUUUUAUUCAAUUCGAGAAAUGAGCUUUUGGUCCAAAGAAGGGCUGAUGAAAAGCUUCUCUUCCCAGGUAGAUGGACAAACAGUGUAUGCUCUCAUCCUUUUGUCAACGAUCUUUCCUUCACUGAUCCUAUUCUUGAUGUCAAGGUCCAUGCAAUCAAACGAAUAGAGCAUGAGCUGGGAAUAAGAGGUAUAUCUAUAGACAACCUAAAAUUUGUUUCUCGUGUUGUUUAUAAAGCAGCACCAACCGAAAAGUACGGAAAGGUUUUACUUGGGAAUCCAACCACACAGAAAAUUGUAAGAUUUUCAGAUCCCGAAAGUAUUCAUGAUGAGCCUUACUCUUCCAGCGAUUUUUAUGAAUGGGAAGUCGAUUAUGUCAUUCUUUGCGUAUCUGAUGCAUCCCCCUGCCCAAAUCCCAAAGAGGUUUCCGAAACGAAAUACGUCUCCAAGGAAGAGUUUCAAAAGAUGAUUGCUGAAGACUUCGUGUCUCCCUGGCUAGAUGAAAUAUCGAAGCUAAUUGAUGUGUUUGAUAUUGUAAAAUUAUGUUUUCCAACUGAUUUCUAA